AUGUCAUCUCCAUACACUCCCCCUCCUGAGUUGGAGGAAUUUCUCAAUGGGACGCCACCGAUAUACAUCGGGUUUGGCUCCAUAAUUGUGGAUGACCCCAAGAAACUUACAUUGUUAUUAUUGGAAGCAGUACAACUGGCCGGAGUACGAGCCAUUAUCUCACAAGGAUGGGGCGAAUUGGGCAGUGAAGACUUGGUGAUUCCUCCCAACGUUCAUCUUAUAGGAAAUUGUCCACAUGACUGGAUUUUUAAAAAGGUUUCUUGCGUGGUACACCACGGUGGCGCCGGUACAACGGCUGCGGCUAUGGCUACUGGAAAGCCUUCAAUUGUGGUCCCCUUCUUUGGCGAUCAGCCAUUCUGGGGGGAGAUGAUCGCAAAAAUAGGAGCAGGUCCCAAACCCAUUCCGUUCAAAAAGCUGACUGCGCCCGAUCUCGCUGCGGCUAUCGGCGCCGCCCUUGAGCCAGAUAUCAAGCAGAGAGCAAAAGAACUCGGGGAACAAAUUCGUAAAGAGAGCGGCGUCGAUGCUGGAGUCACUUCGUUCCACCAUCAUCUUGAGCAUUCUAACCUGGGUUGCGCCAUCGCAAGCUCGCACCCAGCGGCUUGGAAAAUUCGAGGCACAAACAUUCAACUCGGUUCUGGUGCCGUGGCGCUUCUAGUAAACAGAGGUUUACUCGGUACUGACAAGAUUGAGCUAUUUCGACCGCAGAAAUAUGAUUUGAACAUCGGGCCUCGUGAUCCAUUCUCGGGAAUGGCUUUUGCUUUUAUUGAUUCAACAUCAGAAAUCGGCGGAGGUCUCAACCACUUUGGUGCGUCAACGAAAGAGCUCUUCAGAUUAACUUUGGAAAAACCGUUUGUACACUCGGGCAAGCGUUCUGCAUUUGCGUCUAGCCUGAAGGGAAUCGGGAAAGCCUCCGUCAAUGUCGUUCGAACUCCCGUUGAUAUUGCCUACGCAUUUACUCAAGGUUUGCACAAUGCGCCGAAACUCUGGGGUGACCACCAUGUAGAGUUGCCUGAGACUAUUGAGGGCAUACCAAGCGGGCUCACAGCAGCAGGCAAGGAACUUGUCUUUGGUGUCUACAAUGGGGUUUCCAGCCUGAUACUGUUUCCCCGAGAAUCUACCGAUCACAGGAACAAACUUGAUAUUCUCACGGGGAUAGGAUUUGGAACAGCUUCUUGCAUCACGAAAAGUGUAUCUGGCUUGACUGCAAUCAUCACAUAUCCUCUGAAGGGGGUUGAUGUGGAACUUACUAGAGCUCUGUCUACGAGGAAGCUUACCGCUCUUGAGACAGAGCUUCUCAGCCAAGGCUCGAGAGAUACGGCACACAUAAAUGAAGAAUAUAUUAAGGUGGUCCUAGAUCGAUGGAAGGUUAUAACCCGUGAUGUCAGGAAAGGGAAGUUGAGGAAGAGAAGAUAUCAUUGGCCUCGAAUCGGACGAGGUCAUAAGCCUGUCAGAUCAAAGGAAUCAAACUAG